GACAGCCUUCAGGGUAGUUGGCGCAGUGGUUUCACUGGGCUAAAAGUGCUUUUAAAAUAAACAGAACAGCUGGGAUUGAGAACAACCGCUGUCAGAGUGGAUUUAACACAAAAUCUGUGGUUUUAAUUUAGCUGUCCCUCAUGAAAGAAGCGCUUUGAAAAUGCAAACCUCCCCGAAUGGCUUUGUGCACACGUGUGGAUUUAUGUCCUCCUCUCAGUUGUAGUACCAACUCGAUUUUCUGUCUCAGUUUGUCCUUCAAAGGAAGCCUACAGGAUGCGAUGGACAGUCUUUCUCUUAGAGUACUUCUUGGUGAAAGUUCUGGUGUUGUUGUGCCGCGCGGACGGAGAAGCGCAGCAGCAGCUCGAGGGCUUCAUCAUGCUCUCAGGAUCCAAUGGGUCUCGGGAUGAGCAGAGCGGCGUUUCCGAAGCUCCACAUACAGAGGACAAAUGUCGGGGUUACUACGAUGUCAUGGGACAGUGGGAUCCACCGUUCGUUUGCCAAACAGGCGAUUAUUUAUACUGUUGCGGCACUUGUGGCUUCCGCUUUUGCUGCGCUUAUAAAAACUCUCGUUUGGAUCAGAACACCUGUAAAAAUUACGAUACGCCAGAAUGGUUAACAGGACAAACACCAUAUAAGAAAACUGACCCCAGAAAUGAUCCAACCAAGGAUAAAACAAACUUGAUUGUGUAUGUCAUUUGUGGAGUAGUGGCAAUCAUGGCACUGGUGGGGAUAUUUACAAAACUUGGACUAGAAAAGGCUCAUAGACCUCACAGAGAAAGUAUGUCUCGAGCUGUGGCCAGUGUGAUGCAAGGUGCCCAUCAGGGUCAGCAUGAGGAGGCCAUUGGAAUGCACACACAUCAUUAUGAUAUUGUGCAGGCAAGAGCAAACAACAUGCAAGGUGGCCAGAUAAACAGCAUGAUGCAAACCCACCCGUAUCCAGCCCUCAGCCAGAUGUCCCAUGUCUAUGAGCAACAGCAACCAGGAAAGGAAUUCAACAAAUAUGCUUCACUGAAGGCUGUGGCGGCCAAAGCCAAUGGUGACUUCCUCAACAAGCAACACCGUCACUUGGUUGAGUUGGCGACUAAGGGAAGCCUACCCCUUCAUCCAAUGAGAAUGGAGCAUGUGGUGCCCACAGCUUCCUACGUCACAGAGGUCCCGUGCCUCAAGCAAAAUGGACAGAAGCCCAAGAGCAAUAAAGGCAACGUGUCCCAUCCCGCAAUGGCCUACAGCUCCAAUACCAUAGCAAACCCAGGUAUGCUGAGGAGCUGGGGGGCCACAGAGACUGUGGGUCGACGUAAACCCUAUGGCCCCAGGAAGCUGUGCACAGUGGAGCAGGGUAAUGAGCUACACACUGCCCGCAGUCAUCAUUACCUUCCCACACAGCCCUACUUUGUAACCAACAGUAAGACAGAAGUGACCGUGUGAGAGGCUGAGUAUUGUUUUAAGAGAGCAGCAGAGAGCCAAAAGUGAUUAUCAUUAUGAAAUGACUCUCCACGCUGCCACUAGUGGACUGGAGGCGCAAUGGGGUGAGCAUGUGAUGGUAUGACUGGGCACCAGAGCCAACAUCAGCUGACUGUGAGGCCAGGAACACUUUGAAUUGUUCACCACUAUUUAUAUCCACUGUAACAAUGAUGUUGUUGUGUUUUGUCAUUGACAAAGAAACAGAUGUAAAGAACUGGCACAAAAAAGAUUUAGAUCAAUAAAGCAAUAGCAAAACGAUCUAAUAAAUGUAUACAGAGAGAAUGGCUACAGAAUGAUAAGACAUAAAAUAAAUUAAAUGCAUUGUAUUAUUGAUCCCAGCUAUUAAAGGGCUGGUGUCAAGUAUGAAUCACAAGGUGAUGCUCUUAUCUAAAAUAAUAUACCAUAAAAGAGUCAGGUGUAGAUAUUGAUUUGACGGCAGGAACUGUAUUUUAAAAGAUGGCAGAAAAGACAACAGUGGCAACUGGUUUGAGGUUGUGCCUUUAAUUUUCACAUAAUAAAGCACCUCGGUCAAGUACACUAAAAUAUGUUUGAUUUUGGAAUCAGAAGAGUAUUAGCAGACGUAGCCACAAAUGCUAAUUAUUUAAUGCAGAAUGCCACGAGGUAGCAUUGUCAUGCCAUGAACAACACUGUUAAAAGGACAUAGAGGCUUGGGCACAUUUUGCAUCUGGAAGUACUUGAUCUUUGGAAAUAUGUGUUUGGUCUCCUUUUUGUGUAACAUUUGGCAUUACUUUCUUACGUGUUCUCUCAAUUGCAUAAGAGCAUGUUGAAAUACUUGUCAAAUGUUUCUUCACAUCAGUAGUGUAUCUGCCACAUUUAAAAGGAUUGUUCACACGGAAACUCUGUCAUCAUUUACUCACCCACAUCAUGUUGCUCCAAACCAAUAUAAUUUUAUUUAUAUAUAUAUAUAUAGGGCAGAUUUUAGUCAACAUUUACUUUAACAGCAUUUUUUCCUUUUGUGUUCAAUGAAAGAAAGAAAGUCACACAGAUUUGGAACAACAUAAUGGUGAGUAAAUUAUGGAAUUUGUAUUUUGGGGUAAACCAUCGCUUUAAGGAUUUUUGCAUUUUUAAUUUCACAAUGUGUCAUACGGAAGGUACAUUUUAUCAGACAAAUUAGAUCACAUAAGUCAUAAGUCUACAUAUUUAUACCAUUAUCAGUAUAUGUAUGCAAAUUAUACAGUACAUUGCCAAGAAGUAGUUGGUUAAAGUUGUUGUGUUUGAUUAUUAUUUAGCAUUAUUUAUGUUCUUAUUUAUUCAACAGAAAAUGUUUCUGUUGCUACAUCAUGGAGUGGUAGAUCUUGCGGUGAAGAUAUAUUUAAAAAUGGAGUAAUAGAACUAGAAUCCUGUGGAAUCCAAUUUAGUUAAUUCAGCAAUGGAUAUAUAAAAUUAAAGAACUUGAGAACUCCCUCCUGAUUGAUCAUGUGGAUGGAAUAACUCCUGUCAGCCUCAUUGCCUGUUCCAUGUCUUUCAGUUAUUCUAUUGAAUGCUGUGUGCAUGUCAUGCUAAGCAGUAAGCAGGGCCAUACUUGCUUGUUUUUGCAUCAUGACAUCUUACCUUUGCUGAAUUAUUAUAAUUUUUCAAAAUGUUUUCAUCAUGCAUUAAACCUGAAAUAUACAGAAGCAUGAGAAUAAAUAAAGUAUACAGGUACAUCUACUGUAAAAUCUUUAUAUAACCCAUAACACACGCUCACUCACAAAAUUCUGAGGUUAUAUGUCCAUCCAAGGCUGUUGUCGUUUGUGAGAACUAUCCAGUAAAAUUGGCAGUAAAUAAUUCAUCUCCGGCAAUGCUGGGGAACUUCCAGAUUGAUUUGAGUAAGAGGAAGGCCACUGAUUGAUUCGAUUCAGGCACUUUGAUCAAGAAUAAGUCAGCUAAUCCAAUCCUCAUGUGCACACAUUCACCAUUGAACAGGUGCCUGAAAUCAGUCUGCGAUUGAAUAAGCCUAUUUCUGUGGGGGCCUUGUUGAGCUGCCUGAAAUCAAAGUUCUGUUUGGUGAAUUAAGAUCGAGGGUGCAAGUGACCUAGUUAAUCAGCACUGGCCUGUUCAGUAUAUAGGUAGAGUGUGUUAGAAGACUGGGUGGUCGAUUGGAUUUGCAUGCUGAGAGCCCAGACUGAGCCUUGCAUUAAACAGAGAUUCUAUAGCUUUUACCAUAGCUUCCACUAGCUUAUAUAAACUGGAGAGAGUAAAGAACUUAUCAAAGCAACUUUUGGACAAUGCUAAACCUGAUAACCAUUCUUGAAUAUAUAUUAUUCUAUAUGGCUUAUAUAGAAUUUAUAUUAUCUUGUUUGUCGGGUUAACUCAUCACAUUACACAUUAUCAGCUCCAGUGUGAUUAAAAUACAUGUUUUUAAUGUUAAAUUCUCAUGGAAGAGUUGUGUCUUUAGAUAGCAGGGUAACAAAUCAAUGGAUAAAAACUAAUAAUUUGCAUUCCUUAUUAAUCAAUGAAUGAACCAGCACAUCAGUCAAUUGAUGUUUAAUAAUUACUGCAUGCAUAUUAUUCCAAAAUUUGAUAAGUUGAGUUGGGAUGACCUCACAUAUACACUGGUGUAAGUAAAUUAGCACAAGCAGUGACUAGAGCCAAUAGUCAAAACUUAAUCACAAAUAAUAAAUACUCACUAACUGCUUUAUACUCCAGUCAUAAAUCUCCCAAUUAUGCACACAACCAAAUUUCAAUUAAAGAGAGAAAUGAAGCUGAGCAAUGGCAUUGACGGUGAUUAACAGAUUGAGCCUGAGAUAUCUCUGAUUGUCAUGAGGUCACGAUUAAUUUUGAAGUUGGAAAAGAGGUGAUCAUUUGGACCUAUGCUGGAUACUGAGAAACGAAUCAGAUUCAAGGGCUUAUCUUUUCUUUUCAUACUCCAGUAUUGCUACUUGUUCUUAAUUAUAAGUGGAAAAUGUAAUUAAUUUUGUUUACAGCCAUUUUGCAUUAGUAUAUCACAACAUGGAAGAUGCUGACUUUAAAAUAGUAGUGUAAAUACUAUUUUUGCAGAGUGUCUUUGUAUACAUAUAACAUUUAUUAAAGAUACAUGAAACUGAUCCUCGGAUCUUAAUGGUAAAUGUUCAUAUAGUUGUUCUAUGAUUUCUUUAUAAUUUUUUUUAAGAUUGCCUACUAUUAAAUUCACAAAUAAUUAGCCAUGUCAAGAUGCUUUUGGUUUACUGUAGAAACAAAUUAUUUGUUUGUACUGGUGUAUACUAAUUUUAAGCUUGCAUAUAGUAAUAUCUCUCUUGGGACAUUGAGGAUGUUAACAUGGCAAAAGCUCUAGUUUGUUUUGCUUGUACUAAGUAAUGCAAAAAUUAAGUUUAUUUUAUUCAUAUAUGUUAAACAAUCUGUUCUCCCAAGCUGUUCUUUCAAGUAUGCAAAACAAAACAUAUUAAAUUGAUGUCCAUUUUAGAAAUGUUUAGGGCUAACCCAUGAAUAAAUUGAGAAUUUAUAAAUGUU